CCCAUUAGACAGGGCAGGAGAGGGGCAGCGGUGACAGGUGAGGGCUCCAGCACUGACAGCAGGAUGUGGGCUCCAGGUCCCUCCUCCUCCUCCCCAGCCUCCUCCUCCUCCUCCCCACAUUUCCAUCACACAGGCCGCCUGCCCCGCCGCUCAGGAGGAGGAGGACUCCAGACUCUGCUGCAUUAUUUCCCUCUCUCCUCCUGAGCAGCCGGAUCAAGGAUUCUUGUGGAUUAUCGUGAGGACGCGCGGGGCUGUGGUGUCUGCUCCCCGGAUAUACCGCUCUCCCCGCCCGCACAUUGUAUCCCUCCGCUCGUUACAUAGUAUCCCCCCCCCCCCACCGGCCGCGUUACAUUGUAUCACUGGAUCUACAGCCUGGGAAUCCCGAGCGAGUCUCCGCCGCUGCUGCUCCCUGGGGCCGCCCGUGACACUUGUGAUCUUCUGCGGGCAUGCUGGGGCACCUCGGCGGGCAUCUAUGGUGUGUGUGCCCCCUGUGCUGAAGGAUCUCCCUCCGCUUUGCAGGAUCUCUACCCCCCUAUAAGACUGGCGUAUGUUCCAGACCGCCUUGGCUUCUGCUCGGAUCCCCAUUCCCCCCCGGGCUGUUGCGGCUGCUGCUUGUCUCUGUCCUCCGGCCUCGGAUCCAGGAUCCUUCAUGAUUUGCGGGCGUCAUGCACGUUUUUUAGCCGGGAAGCCUUGCUCUCGUCCCGCAUGUUCAGGACCAAAAGAUCGGUGCUCGUCCGGCGACUCUGGAGGAGUCGAGCAACUCCCGGGGAGACGGGGGAAGGAGAAGGGGAGAGCAGGGCGCAUGGGGCCGGGGGCUGCUGCAUGGGCAAGACGGGCAAGGUGUCCAAGGCGCAACUGGGGGGAUCGGAGGCUGAACUGAAGGCGAUCACCCACUCCCUGCUGAAGAGGCUGAAGGAGAGGCAGCUGGAGGGACUGCUGCAGGCGGUGGAGUCCAAGGGGGGAACCCGCAGCCCCUGCCUCCUGCUGCCCUCUGCCAAGCUGGACUCCAGGCUAGGACAGCAGCCCUUCUCCCUGCCCCUGCUGCUCUGCAGACUCUUCAGGUGGCCGGAUCUCCGCCACUCGGCCGAGGUCAAAAGGCUCAACUGCUGCGAGUCCUAUGGCAAGAACAACCCGGAGCUGGUGUGCUGCAACCCGCAUCACCUCAGCAGGCUCUGCGAGCUAGAGUCCCCCCCACCUCCCUACUCCAGAUACCCAAUGGAGAUUCUCAAGCCUUGUGCGGAUUCUACAGACUGUGUGCCUUCCUCCACAGAGACAGGGGGAACAAAUUACCUGGCCCCUGAGGGGCUUUCAGCAAUAAACAUCAGCAGCCACAAAGAAUGUAACCUUUACUGCAUCCUCUCGCAGUCUUUGUGGCUGGACAUUCCUAUUUACUGCAAUAGCAGCUAG